UACACUUAAGUCAAGAUUAAGAUAUCAUAGUGUUUCUCAGGAGAAAUAGCAGUAAAUGUUCUCUCUUUUAUUUGUGAUGCAAAUAUUAAGAAUCACUGAUAGUAAUAUAAUCACUUUGAUUAUAUGUGAAUGUGUGAAUGACCAGAUGUGUGUGCAUGAUAUAAAGUUUAUAUAGCCCCUGACAUUUUUCAGACAUAUGAAUUAAACCAUUUCAUCUUUUUAUGUUUUAUACUUUGAUCAGAGUUCCUUUGCACAAUAUUAUGCUUUACUUUUAUGGAAUAUACUAGGGACAGUUAACCCAGAACAGCAGCAAGUAGAUGAUUUUUAUGCCAGGGAGGUAGUGCUCAACAGGUGAAGCUCGAGUCUCAUUUGCAGAGUAGGCAAAGUGAUUUUGGUCUUCUUUCCUCUUUGUUCCAUCCAUUUUUGCUAUUUAUCUUUUGUCCCCACAGAGCCCAAAAUCUCUUCACUGAUACUUAUUUCUGGCCUACCUUCUAAAAUGUUAUGAUUGCUUCAUUUUCUUUAUUUGCUUCACCAACUGUUCUUCCUUUACUAGAAAAUCUUUUAUGUUUUACGUAAGCCUGAAUAAAGUAAUUUGUUAUAAAUGGUAAUGCAAAGAAUCUGGGCGUGGUGGUGAAGAGUUUUACUUUUUCCUUAAGAUAAUAAUUCUUAUGAUUAUAAAAAUAUCAUGUAUACAUUAAAGAUUUAAAGAAGUAUAAGGAGGAAGAUAGUAAUGAUUAUCUUCAUAUUAUCAUUCCAUCAGAAUUUAGCUACUUCUAAAAUGUUGUGUUUCCACUCUUGUCUUUUUGCAUAGAUGUUAGCAUUUGAAAGUGAACCUUGAGGUGUCUCUCAUUGGAAGAAUGGGGAAAAAGGAGACUUUUCCCCAUUUGAGGGCCUUCUUAUGACCAUUCUUACCUCAUCCUUGUCCUCUAAGUCUCUGAGAAGUCCUUCAGUCCAACAGUUUGUUUUGGCUUAUUUAAUUGAGCAGUUCUCAGUCUUAUUUUACCAGAGAACUUUGUUUUUCAGUUAUAAUAUAGACCAUGUGGAGAUGUGUUGUUCUGUAGGAUUUUGCUAUCAAAGUGUGGUCCAUAGACCAGUGGCAUUAGUAUCAUCUGGGAGCUUGUUAGAAAUGUCCAAUCUCGGCUGGGCACGGUGGCUCAAGCCUGUAAUCCCAGUACUUUGGGAGGCCAAGGCAGGUGGAUCACGAGGUUAAGAGAUCGAGACCAUCCUGGUCAACAUGGUGAAACCCUGUCUCUACUAAAAAUACAAACAAUUAGCUGGGCAUGGUGGCGCGUGCCUGUAAUCCCAGCUACUCAGAAGGCUGAGGCAGGAGAAUUGCCUGAACCCAGGAGGCAGAGGUUGCAGUGAGCCGAGAUCGCGCCAUUGCCCUCCAGCCUGGGUAACAAGAGCGAAACUCCAUCUCAAAAAAAAAAACAAAACAAAAAGAAAUGUCCAAUCUCAGUCCCCACUGAGGACUUACUGAAUCAGAACCUGCAUUUUAACAGGAUCUUUAGGUUAUUUAUACACACAUUAAAAUUUCAGGAACACUGCUCAAUUUUUUUCCAGAUAAGAAGAUGAGGUGGACAGGGGACUGAGGAAGUCAUCCUACUUCGAGCUGCUUUUUCCAAAGAGCUCUUCCCCUAUAUUUCUGUGUGUGCACGUGUGUGUGCAGGCAGUGUUGUAUGUCUAGGUUUGUGCGUCGGCAUGCAUAUUUGUACAGGCGUGUGGGUAUGCAGUCAUCUCUCUGUGUCUGUAUCUCUGGUUCCCCUUUCUGUCUAACAGACACUUCUCUCAAUGAGCUUAAUGAACUCUUAUGUCCCCAAAUGUUUUAUUUGUUAUAUCUCCUCUCUUUUAUACCUACUCCCAAUAUCUGUACACAGCUAUACAUUCCUUCAACCAUACAGCUCAUCCAAGGCCAUCUUUGGAAAACCUCUUGUGAAAGAGCAGGUUUCAGGAAAUAAAGAGGAGAGAGGGUUGUCUGUUAGAGUCAAGUAACAACUUGACUUCUAACAACUUCUUUUUGGGGAAGAAGAGACCUGGCUUUCUCUCAGGAGGCAUAGUGGUUUUGAAUUGUGUUGAUUGGAUCCCUAAGGUUUCAUGGAAUUGGCUCAGUGGGAGCAAGCAAGUGGGGCUCUGUGGUUGCCUGCUUCACUUCAUCCAGAUCUUUUAUGUUUUUAUAUAUUUUAUUAGGAUUUCUCUUAAUUUUUGUUUUAUAAGGGUGUUUUGCAAAACUUUUUUUUUUUAAAUCACUGCUGUGUUUUACCACUUAGAUUCUGUUCAGCACAGGCUAAGUUAAUUGUGACUGGACUACCCACCCUCACAUUUCAAAAAGAAGAGCUAUUUGUGAGUUUUGUAGGGUGGCAGGAGAAAUUUGAAGCUUUCUUUCUUGAAAGACCUUUCUCUCUCCCUCCUUCCCUUUAUCUUUCCUCCCACCCUACCCUGCACUCAUCAUCUUAGACACAUUUGUUCUUUUUCAGGACCAAGGUUAGUAAGGCUCAGAGCUACAUAAUCGACUGAUUAAAUGAGUAAUGAGCAGUAUAAUUUACAGAUAAAACGUAUGUUAAAUUCAUAAUGCUAUCAAAUUGUACAUUUUGAUAACAUUUAAUAAGAUUAUUUUGGGAGCCAAUCAUAAUUCCAAAAGAUAUAGUCCUGAAUGCCAUAAUCUCAAAUGUUGGAAUCCUGAAAAAUCAACAUCCUUAAAGUCUAAAAUCCGCCAAAUCACAAUCCUAAAAUGUCAAAAUCCCAAAAAUAUAUUUUGGAAAAAAUAAUACAUUUUUAAAAGACACAUACAUUUUAAAAAGGAUUUAUUUGAGAAACAGAGAAAAACACAACAGAACAAUUCAUAGGCCACUUUACACAAUAAAAUAGGCAAUAAUAACAUUUUUGCAAGCAUAGACACUCAGGUGUAUUAAUGACAAUCAUAUAGUUUUAACAGUUAUGAGAAGACAAACCAUAUUCAUAAGUCAAAAAGGGAAAUGUGUAAAUGCAUAUCACUGUGGUUGGUAAUUGUGUGCACCCAGCUUUAUAACUGCAGUAAUCUGAAAUACCAUGGAAUACCUAAGCCUUGAUGAGAUCGAUAAUCAUCUGUAUGUGUGUAUGUGUAUGUGUGUUUAUGUGUGUGUGUUGUUUCCUAGUAGCUUGUUACAGACUGUCACGUAAAAUUUGGACCUUACCAAUAAGUUUAACAUCUAGAAAGUACUCUGGUAGUGUAAUAGGAGUGAGCAGUAUAUAUUGACUUAAGAAUUAAGCAAGUAAAAGCAGAAUUUUUUACUCUUUGCCAUAAAGAGUACGUCUGUUUUCAAAGUUGGGAUUGUCUCAGCAUGGUCAUGGUCUUUUUUCAGGCCACUGUGCCCUUUUGUAUAUUAUGCUGUUUCUUCUGCCCUCCUUCUUCUGUUUCUCCUGCCUUUCUUGGUCUUUAUGAUUGCUCAGGAUUCAUCUCUGAAGGCCAAGCAUUCCCUUGUCUCUAGGUCAGAGCAAAUGCCCUUUCAAUUACUCUUAAAACAUCCUAUGCUAAAAAGUGAUGUUGUAUAUCCACAGUAUAUUGAAAAUAUUUUGUAUUUGUUUCUUUCCUUCCUGAGGGCAUUACCACUGAUUCCAGUAUCACAUUUCAGUUUAAAUCCCUUCAACAUUUAUAUUCCUGUGGCUUUUUGAUGCUGAUUAAAUAUAAGCAAUAAAAUGAAUUUAGCACAUUUCUUAGUUAAUGAUAAUUGUAAUAAUAUUAAUAAAAUUCUCAAUGCUUGUCGUAGUGUCUUGUAUAGGUACUGAUAAUACUUAAAUGAACUGCAAAAGGCCCUUUAUUAUAUAUCUGAUUCUGCUGCUGUUUUAAACUGCUUUCCACUUCUUGUUUUUAAAGGAGCAUUUAUGGAAUUUCAUUUCAUAAUUUUGUGAGUUAGAUGGAAUAUGUUUAAGUAUACCCAUUUUAAUGGAUAGAAGAACUUACAUCAAUCUAAGCAACCUGAAUGUUCAAUUUUCAGGAGUUUUAAAAAUGUUUUAUCAUCAAUAUAAUGCAUGAUUGAAACCACAGCUGACAGAUGUCAUUCUCUCUUUUGUCAUGCUUACUUAUUUGCUGAAUCUUAACUAGAGGUUGCUGAAUCUUAACUAAAGGAGAGAAACCAUUUAGUGGAAGCCAUUGUGAUAAUCUAGGCAAGAGGCAGUAAUGGCCUGAACAAAGGGAAUGCCAGAGGGGAGAGAGAAAUGAAUGUAUUACAGAUAUAUUUAGGAGAGAUCUGUAGGACUUGAUAGUUGAUUGUAUAUGGUUGUGGGAGGGAGGAAGUUGGGUUCUAGUAAUGGGGAGGAAUCAAGGAUGAAUCUCAGAAUUCUGGCUUAAGCAGUUGAGUGAAUGGUGUUACUUCUCACUGAGACAGCAAAUAGGAAGACAGGUUUUAGGGGAAGGUAAUAGUUUACCUAUAGAUUUGUUGAAUUUUAGGGAAGAUCUGAGAGGGAGUAUCUGUGAAGCAGUUUGGAUAUGUUGGGUAAGGCUUAGGAAGGAGAAAAGGGGUGUAAAUACAUAUUUGAUAGUCAUUAGCACCCAUGAUUUGUGUUGAAGCUGUGGGAGUGGGUUAAGACAGAUCAGGGAGAGAAUACAUUGCAUACCAUGAGAAAAGAGACCUAGGAGAGACUUUUGAGAAACAUCUUAACUUUUUUGCAGUGGUAGAAAAAGAGCAUCCCACAAAGAAGAAGAAAGAAAUGGAGAAGGAAAAAAAUUAAUAGGGAGCAGGAAACCCAGUAGAGUGUAACAAUACAGAAACAGAGGGAAGGGGAUAUUUUCAAAAAGAGUGGGGUGUGUUUAACCAUGCCUAAUGGCUUUUAUUUUUAUCAGACAGAAUCUUAAUUUUUCUCUCAAGUUCCAUGUACUAUUUGUUUUACUAAGUAUGACAUUUAAAUGUAUACUCUUUUUUUCUUUUUUGACGGAGUUUCGCUCUUGUUACCCAGGCUGGAGUGCAAUGAUGCGAUCUCAGCUCACCACAACCUCCGCCUCCUGGGUUCAGGCAAUUCUCCUGCCUCAGCCUCCUGAGUAGCUGGGAUUACAGGCACACGCCACCAUGCCCAGCUAAUAUUUUUUGUAUUUUUUAGUGGUGACGAGGUUUCUCCAUGUUGACCAGGAUGGUCUCGAUCUUUUGACCUUGUGAUCCACCUGCCUCGGCCUCCCAAAGUGCUGGGAUUACAGGCGUGAGCCAACGCGCCUGGCAAAUUUAUACUUUGAAGUCAUAACAAGAUAAUAAUCCUGAAUAGUGCUUAUCCUCAGCUUUUCAUAUUAGUUAGAAUAAUUCUCAUUUAUAUUUAUAGGCAAAGUAAAGGAGGUUAAUACUGGUAGGUAGGAAGAUGGGUAAAAUUAUGUUAAGGACUAACUUUUGUUGUCCAAGGAUAUAAUUAUCUAGUAACAUCUAUCUUUAAGUCUGUGCCUCUAAAGGUGACUUUAGAUUAUAGCUAGAAAAUGUGACAGAAUUAACAACAACAAAAAUCCCCAAACAUUGGGUCCAUCUUGGUGUCAAGAAUUUAAGUGGUAAGUAAAUGUAUAGUAACUUAAGUUUUGUUGUUGUUGUUUUUGAAAUGGAGUCUCACUCUGUCGCCUACGCUGCUGGAGUGCAGUGCCGCAAUCGGCUCACUGAAACCUUCACCUCCUGGUUUCAUGCGAUUCUCCUGCUUCAGCCUCCUGAGUACUUAGGACUACAGGCGCAUACCACCACUCCCAGCUAAUUUUUUUGUGUUUUUAGUAGAGACGGGGUUUCACCAUGUUGGCCAGGCUGAUCUUGAACUACUGACCUCAAAUGAUCCACCUGCUUCAGCCUCCGAAAGUGCUGGGAUUACAGGCGUGACCCACCACACCCAGCCAAUGUCAUCAAUAUACACACAACGAAGACUUUUUAAGAUCCACAUUGUUUGAAGUUAUUGUGAGUGCCUCGAGGACCAAGGAACCGUUGAAAUUUCCAAUUUCAGGAAGUUCCAGUGGAUGCCCAUCAGGAAGAUUCUCAUGCUGGACAGAAGGGCAAGAGAGGUGGAUCUGUGAGGGAAAAGACCCAAUAGGAUAACUCAAGUUACUGUUAUUGCUGUGAACCAGAAGGAUUCCUUACAUGAUGACUUAUUUAUUCAUAAGGAAACCUCGACCUGUCUCCCAGUUGGUUGCACAGCAGGUUACGCAGCAGUUUGUGCCUCCUACACAGUCAAAGAAAGAGAAAAAAGAUAAAGUAGAAAAAGAAAAAAGUGAAAAGGAAACAACUAGCAAAAAGAAUAGCCAUAAGAAAACCAGGCCAAGAUUGAAAAAUGUGGAUCGGAGUAGUGCUCAGCAUUUGGAAGUGACCGUUGGAGAUCUGACAGUCAUUAUUACAGACUUUAAGGAGAAAACAAAGUCACCACCUGCAUCUAGUGCUGCUUCUGCAGAUCAACACAGUCAAAGUGGCUCUAGUUCUGAUAACACAGAGAGGGGAAUGUCCAGGUCAUCUUCACCUAGAGGAGAAGCCUCAUCAUUGAAUGGAGAAUCUCAUUAAAGUUUAUUUUCUCCAAUUUAAGUUUAUUUUCUCCAAAGUAACUAAUUUCUUAGUUACUUCUGUCCUACCAUGCAAAUACACAGAUUAUGCCAAGAGGUACCACAUUUUCAUGACAAACUUAUUCAUGAACAAUCCAUAAUUUGAGUUUUACAUAAAAUAGAAAUUUGUUAAAAUUUGUAGAUUUUAUUGCAACUAUGCCUACCCAAACAUUUCCAGACUUAAUAUUUUGGUAUCUGCAAUUAAGUGCCAUGAAAAUGUGGUUGAAUUAUUCAUUAUGCAGUGUUAUUGGUAAGUGUAUUUUCACUUUUAGUUUAGUGAAUUCUAACACAUAAUUCUUGAAUUCUCUACUAUUGGCAUGUAAUGAAUUUAAAUUUUUUAUAACAUAGUGCAAGCUGCCUAAAUAUGUAUUAUUUGAGAAUUGUGAAACAGAUAGUUAUAUGUAUACAAGUCAAAGAUCAACUUAAUCAACUGUUGCUGCAACAGGUUUUUCUUAAUGGUUAUCCUCUUCAAUACACCUGCUGGUACUUGGUGUGGUUAAAUAGGAAAAUUGUUAUGAAAUAAAGAAUUUGUAUGAACCUUUGCCAGUCUUUUUGACACGUUUUACUAAUUAUUGUUUCUGAAUUGUGUUUCUGGUUUUAUCCAUUUUUUGAGGUUUUUUUGUUUCUUUGCUUAUUUUUCAAAACAUUCAUUUAUUGUAAUGUUUACUAGCAGACUAGUAAACAAUAAAAUAUUGAUUAUUUAGCUUUAUAAUUCAGGUUUAGUGCUAUUGUCAUUGAACACUGGUAUUUUUUGUAUCAUAUAAAACAUUAAAAUUCAAAUAAUUAUAAGCACUUGGCAAAAACAAGAGAAAAGAAACUUGCCAUAUUUUACAAGCUGUAAUUUUAGAAAAGCUUUAACUUAAUGAUAGUUUUAUCACUGUUUCCUUGUCCCAAACUUAUCCAGGGCCAUAGAAGUAUGAAUCUAAUUAAUAUGGGAAUUGUUGCACAGAAAUGGGAAAUAACUAAUUUUAAAUCAGUUAAAUUGGCCUCUUAUUAAAUAUAACAAUCCUUAUAAAAAUCAUAGUACCCUAUUUUCAGACACAACUGCCAGUUUACACAUUACUCAGUAGCCAGAAAGGAAAAAACUACAGCCCCACUUAUACUAUGUAAAAUUGCCAAUAAAUAUUUUUAUGACACAGAAUUUACAUUUUUGUUUACAACUAUUAAAGUGUUUUAUGUUGUAUUUAAAAUUUCAGCCUAGAAACCACACAGUACUUCUUAAAUUCUCCUGGGGUCUCCUGCUUCCUUUUAACCAUUUGCUUAAUAUAUAUCCACCUAUAGGAGAUGUCUGAAUUGUAAAUGAAAUUAAAAAUAGAAUGUGGAUACAAAAUAUCACAUAAGACAUCAUGGUAACAUUUGAAGAAAAAAAAUAAAACUGUAGACCCUAACAGUUGUGAUAUUUGGUGGUUUUGUGUGGUAAUGUAAUUUCCUGUUUAUAGUAUUUUUUCAGGCACAGUGGUACUGUCUUUUUUGUAAGAUGCUAGUUGUGAAAUACAGUUAAUUGCAUACAGUAAAAGUCUGUGAUUAAAACAUUUAUAUACCUCAUUCUUUAGUGUUGUUAAAUGAAAAAUUAAAAUUUGUGUUUAUUAUAA